UUUAAGGAUCCCUUCCAAUUCAAAUAAUUCUAUGAUUCUUUUUCUUCUACCCUUAACCAUAUAGACCCUUUGUCCUCCUCUAAGAACUAACAGUACUGUACAGUAGGUGUACUAACAGUACACCUAAUACUUAAUCACCUGUUAUGUACAUAGUGCUCAACCAAAAUGCUCCAGACCAGCUCUUUGAUUUGCUCCACUCUUACCUUCAUUGUGGCUCAUAAAGUGGAUGUGUGGUUCUUACUACAGUUUCUCUCAAAUCUCUGCACAGAAGCAAUUUCUUUCUCACAGAUUCUGUCAACAAACAGCAGUGCUUUUCUACACUGACAAACCAACAUCAUCUCCAUAGUGUAGCAAGGCAACAGCAGCAUCUGUGCAAUUUAUGUUGUCCUCGUGUGUUGUUUCAUGUGUACCUUUUCACUGAGACUUCAUGGAGGCGGAAGGAGGGAACAAGGUAUCACAGUGAGAAAUGUUUACCAACUGCUUUACAGUUCCCAGGUAGUUAACUCUUGCACUUACAGACUUGACUUCUGAUCCCAAACAAAUGGUACAAGGUGUUAAAAAUGAUCAGUAAUUUUUUUACAACCAUCUCCAUUUUGAAAGUUAUCUCCAGUGUGGUGUUGGGAAUCUGACACCCUAGAAAGCUCUCCAAAAUAAAUAUGCUGAUACUGCAUUUACUAAAAGCAAAUAAACAAAAACCAAGAAGUGUGAUAUUCUUGUGUUUCCUUAUCUGUAUUUAUUUUUCCCUCCUUCAAUCUAUGGGAAGGGAAAAACCAGCAAACUAGAUCCUAGGUGACAGUACUUCAGCAUCAUAAUAAUUUAAAAAGAAAAAAAAAAAGACAGUAAACAAAUGUAAGUACAGGUGUUCUAGGUGUUCUAUUUUAACUCAAAACUCUAAUGCUACUACACAGCUGAAGAAAAGGCUUGAACUCAAACUAAAAUAUAAGUUGUUUGAAUUAGAAAUAUUUUACUUCGGGAAACAUUUUCAUAUGCUGAUAAGCUCCAGCUCCAGACAUAUAUAUAUUAUGAAUACGCACAGAAAUGAUGUAUCUUCCAUUUACUGUGAAACAUCCUAAUUAAGAACAGCAUCUGUACUCACAACAGUACAUGUCAGUGAUGGUUUUUAUGCCAAUGCCAAGGAGUUAGCUUACAUCCACAAGAGAACAGUUGAGGUUAGAUCAAUUGGAGUCAACAGCGCAACUGGUGCUGUGAAUGCUGUUCCCAGUAACAGAGCACUCUUUCCUCCAAACAGCAAGCACUCCCUGUGAAAAGAGCCAUUUCAUGUCUCCAGACAUGCAGUUCUAUUCUUCCAUUGGAUAUCAGCAUCCCCACAGGAGACAUAAGAUAACAUGCUCUCAGAGCACUGUCAGUUUACUUCAGUGAUAAGCUAGUUGAAUAAAUUAGAAAUAUUCCCUCACAAAUUAAACUGGCCUUUUACCUCAUUGGAUGGAGAGUAUUUUGCUACCAAACCAAAGUGUUUCCAAACCACUUGUCUAAUAAGAACAAAGCUGCCAAACUUCAGGCAAGAUGUCUUACAGACUGCAAGAGAUGGCAAUAUUUUUAGCCAGUACAGUCAGUUCUUCAUGAGGGUCUAGUUCAAAUAUCUGAUGUAGGUUAGCCAUGCUACUGUCUCUGUUAUCUUGAUUUGUGUUGGUUUAAUGAAAGUAGCCCUCUUCUACAUGCCCUUGGAAACAAAACCUGCCUGUAUUGCUGCAGUUUCCUCUUGCAGCUUAGGUAAGAAUAGUAUGCACUGCAGGAUAUUUUGAAAAAAAGAUGGCCAAAAGCCAUUUAACAACUGUCCAAAGCUGCAGGCGUUCUUGUCAUUGUUCCUGAGGCAUUGUAAAAUUGUGAGCAUUCCUAGAUCCCUUUAGUGUAGUGAUAAAUAAAGUGUCAGAUCAUUAUGCAUAGACUAGGAAUGCUCUCUAAUGGGUUUGUCAUUGCAAAAAUUUUCAAAGAUUGUCUUCAGAAUUUAUGAAUGGCUGUUGUGAAACAACAGAUAUCUGUCAAGAACCUUGUACUUCUUUCUGUAAUGUCGCUGAUAGUAAUGUGUUGUGCAGGCUCUCCCUCUCGAAAGACCUCUCUCAAAAAGGCAAAAUUUUAUAAAGCUAGAGCCCCCUGUAGGAACCCAUAGUAGAGACAAGUUUUGUUACGUGCUUUCUGCAGAAUUUUUUUCUUUCCUAAGUAGUAUAACAGUGUAUAUACAAUUUUUUCUUUUCUUUUCUUUUCUUUUCUUUUCUUUUCCAAUUAACAAGUAAAUUGGAGUUGAGAACUUACUGGCUUCACUUUUCAGUGGUCAUGGUCCCUUAAAUCUCUAGCCAGCUGUAUCUAACCCCACUUUGCUCCACCCUUUAGCAGCGCAUGUUAAUCAAGCACAGGAUAAGGAGUCCCAGUCCAAGACCCCUCUCCCUUCCUGGAGCUCAGUGGGGGCUCAACAAGAGAUACGUCUGGUAACUAUGUCUUUUCUACGUUGUCGUGAGCUGGACAGAAAGAGAAAACUUUCCUCUGUCAACCUUUCUGCCUGUCUUAGUACUGUAUAUGGUGCAAGGACAACUGCAUGUAGCAGCCUUCAGUGAGGGACUUUGGACCUCUGCUCAAGCUUUCCUGGAGGAAUACACACUAUUUCAGGCUGCGGGAAAAUGUACUGGCGAAAACAUGUUAGAAUUCUUUUCACUGUGACUCUGAUCUGGCAAGCCAUUCAUUUAGGAAAAGGCCGUGAAAAAGAAGAACAUGAAAAAAAUAUGAAAAAUCUCAGCAUCACAGCGCAAAAGCAACAGCCUAAGAAUUCAGUGACAAUUAUAGAUGCUUUCAGUGACAUGAAUCAGAGUUACCAAAGCAGAAAGCAACAGGAUUUCAGGGAAUUUGUACCUUUUACUGGGAUUACAGAGAGUAAAAAUCUGAACAGAAACUGCUGCCAAAACGGAGGGACCUGCAUCCUAGGGGCUUUCUGUGCAUGCCCAAAGCAUUUUAGUGGCCGACACUGUGAGUUAAGAAAGUGCGGCAGCAUUGCCCAUGGCGACUGGGUGAUGAAGAGCUGCUGGCUGUGUCGGUGUCUCUAUGGCACUCUGAAGUGCCUCUCUCAAAACACCCAAGACAACUGUGGUAAGGGUCAACGGUAAAUUGAGGUUUUAUUUUAUUGCUGUGCUUUUUGUUUUGUUGUUGUUGUUAUUUUGUUGUUGUUGUUGUUGUUAUUUUUAUUUUUUUGACAGGUGGGCAGCGGAAUUGUCUUCUGAAAUGUUGGUUUACUUGAAGGAAUGCUGGAUGUGCUCUAUUUUAUCUUUUUUAACUCUAUUUUGCUUCAGAGAAUAUGUCAGUGAAAUAGACAGCAACAGACAGCAACACAGCUGUUGCUUUAUAUAACAUAAAAUACUGGGAAAUCUUUAUAAUCCUGUUCAGCAGAAAACUUUCUCCCAUUUUAAUUUGAAGUUACAGGGAUGAAUAUUUUCCUGUUCUGCAAAAUCUGCAUAUGUUUGAGUUUCUACACAACUAAGCGAUUUGUAUUACAAAAUUGCACAGGAAAUAUAUACAUAUAUAUUUUUUUUUAAUCAGGAGCAAGAGAAAACGUAGAUGUAAACUAUAGUAGUAGUAGAAACCAAUAUUAAACUAGAGAAAUAAGUACUGAAAAUUAUAGUAAAAGCUGCUCAACACAUAUAAGUAGCUGAAAAUUAGUCUGAAUUCUCAUCUGUGGCUUAAUUCUCAAAAUUCUGUCUUAUGAAGUUUUAACACUAAGAAUUCUACACAAAUAAUGUACAGUCAAAGCCCUGGCCAGUGUACAGUAGUAGCAUACAAUCUCCUCAAAUGCACUACAUUACUUUGUUGUCUUUAGGUUAAAUAUAAAUAUAUAAAUAUAUAUAUACAGGUGAAAGUCUGAGCAUUUUUAAAUGCAGUAUAUCAACAACAUCGAACAUUUACAACAUUGCUUUGUAUAUACUUAUUUUCCAUGGAAAACUGAAAGCUGUUACAACGAACAUUUUCAAUAUCCUGAGAUGAUUAAUAAGAGUUCAAAGUUAUUUUAUCUCUAUUGGCAAAGUUAGUGCAUAAUAUUCUUGCUGUCCUCCAUUCUUAAUGUCUCACUCUUACCUUGUCAGCAUCAAAAUUAAGGUUUGGCAUGAGAGAAAAUUUACCUAGUCUCACUUUACCCGAAAGAACUACCAGCUUCUUUCCUGACCAGAUUCCUAUCUGUGUAGCACUGCACUGUGAAGCUGUGACUCCUGAUUUAUAUUACCCAUCUAGAAAUAAACUGUUAUUUAACAACUUGAGUCUUUCAAGUCCCUUGGAAAUCCCAACCACGUUAUACAUCGCAAUCUCGGGGAGCUAAAAUGCAGAAGAGAGGUGAAAUUCUUAUAUUUGCAAGCCACAGAUAAACAAAC